GGAUAAUAUAUUUCUUUUGGUGACGGGUCAAAUUAAAUAUAUUAUACUAAAGUGAUACAACGGUUAUGACCUCCGGUGCGUGUAAAUUAAGAGAUAACAGUAAAUAUAUUGUAACGGAAAAUGCCAAAUAAAUUAUUCUAAAUAAUACCAUUAUUGCAGCAAUAAUUAAAGAAUUAUUAGAAUUAAUCAAGGGCCAACCGUUACAAUGUAAAACUACACCUAUAAAUAUCCCAUCUAUUAUAUGACUAGGACAUCUCAUAUACGAUACACUGCAUCGGAAGGUUUAGCCUACUAGUGGUCUUGGAUUUUUGGGUCUUCCUAAAGUGUUAAUGCAAAUGAAUUCUCAAGUUAAUUUUUCGAGCAUAUCUUCCAAUCUCAACUCCAUCCUUGUCCUAAAUGGUACUAAUUUUAAGGAAUGGAAGAAAAUAUUCUAAUAACUUUGGGCUGCAUGGAUCUUGACUUAACAUUGAGGAUAGAGCAACUUGCUUCUCUUACGGAUGGUAGUACCCAAGAUGAAAAAAGGUACUAUGAGAAGUGGGAUCGCUCGAAUCGCUUAAGUCUUAUGAUCAUAAAGCGUGGCAUUCCAGAAUCUUUUUGGGGUGUUGUAUCCGAUGAGGUUACUAAUGCCAAGGAUUUCCUUUCUGAAAUUGAGAAAUAUUUUGUUCAAAGCGAUAAGGCGGAAAUAAGCAUGUUGUUAAAAGACUUUACUUCCAAAAGGUAUUCAGGAAAAGGAAAUAUAAGGGAGUAUAUUAUGGAAAUGUCUUAUAUUGUUUCUAGGCUCAAGACACUUAAGAUUGAGAUAUCGGAAGAUGUUCUCCUACACAUAGUCUUGAACUCUCUUCCUAUUGCAUUUGAUUCUUUUAAGGUCAGUUAUAACUGCCAAAAAGAGAAGUGGUCUCUUAAUGAGCUCACUUCAUAUUGCGUGCAAGAGGAAGAGAGGAUGAAACAAAAUAAGAUAGAAAGUGCUCACUUGGCUAGUACCUCUAAGGAUAGGGGUAAAAAGAGGAAGAGAACUCCCAUUAAGAAUGAAGCUGCUAAAGGUCCAGUACAGAAGAAACAUAAGGAAGGUGAAACAACCUGUUUCUUCUGUAAGAAGUCUGAACACAUGAAGAAGGAUUGUACCAAGUAUCACGCAUGGAAAGUGAAGAAAGGGUUGUCUGAGCCACCGCAAGCCAAAUGAUGCUGAAAGAUGCGUCUAUGUGGGAGAUGGCAAAGCGAUGAAUGUGGAGGCUAUUGGGCAUUUUAGAUUGUUAUUGUCUACCGGUUUCUAUUUGGAUUUGAAAGACACUUUUAUUGUUCCGUCAUUUAGGCGGAAUUUGGUUUCUGUUUCUUAUUUGGACAAAUUAGGUUACCAUUGUUCCUUUGGAAACUUCUGGUUUAAUUUUUCUUUAAAUUCAAAUAUUGUGGGGACUGGUUCUUUUAUGUCAUAUGACAAUCUUUACAUGCUUGAAACAAUAACUUCAUAUAAUAAUGCUUUGAAUAUUGACACCUGAGGCACUAAGCGAAAGGUUGAUAAUGCACAAUCUGGUUUUCUAUGGCACAAACGAUUAGGUCACAUCUCUAAAAAUAGAGUUGAACGUCUU